CUACCAACACACCUGUUGAGAUGAAGUCCUCAGAGGGGCAAGGAGGUGAAGGGGACAAGCCACUAGAGAAGGUGACAUACGUGCCCUGCUUAGGGAGGAGCUCCAGCGCCAUCCCUGCGGGAGAUUCACUUGUGCGUCACGCCAAGGGCCUAGGCGAAGACACCUUCAAAAUUUGUAAAGAGUACCUAAGGCCGCUGAAGAAGUUCUUGAGAAAGUUGCACCUGCCCGGCAACCUCCCCCAGAAGAAGAAGCUGAAGUACAUGAAGCAGAGCCUUGCGGUCCUAGGGGACCACAUCAACACGUUUCUGCAGCAUUACUGCCGAGCCUGGGAAGUCAAGCACUGGAGGAAGAUGCUCUGGCAAUUCGUCUCCCUCUUCUCAGAACUGGAAGCGAAGCAGCUUCGCCGGCUCUACAGGUACACCAAGAACAACCAGACGGCCAAGUUCCUGGUGGCUUUCUGCCCCUUGGACACACCGGAGAGAUCCUCGCUGGCUGACCAGGAAGACAGUCUGCCCAAGCUCUGCAGCGCCUGGGGGCUGCACAGCAACAUCAGCGGUGUGACGGAGAGGCUGUCCAAGAUGCAGGCCCCAGACCGUGAGGCCUCCCUGCUGCGGGAGCCCAGAUCUGGGCUCCGUGGAGGGAGAGGUUCUUUAAGGAAACUUUCUCAAAAACCAAAACUCAAGAGAAAGAGGAUUAAGGAAGCCCCAGAAAGUCCAGAGAACUGCCUAUAAGAAGACCUGCCGGGACAGAGGGCCAGCUCACCCUGGGUCCAGAGCACUUGUGCGUCUUCAACACCUCAGCGCCUGGGGAGAUGGGGACCAAAGAGGGGAAGGAAGAAAAUUACCCUUAUCAAAAGGAUGCUCAGGUCUUAAUUAUGAAUAAUGGGGUGGGAAAUAAACAUCAUUAAGGCAGUUCUACUUUA